CGUCACGGGGUCACCCCUAGUUCAUUUCACUCCUUCGCUUCACACGUUUGUAACUCUCAAGUAAAAUGUUAUGUUCCGUCCACAACAAGAAUUUCAUUGAACUGAAUACCCAUCGAAAAAUUCCACAAGUGAUGUGCAUUAGCUGACACUUGCUGUGACCCUGCCAUUUUGCUGUCCAGUUGUGCUGUCCUACUAUAGAACAGCAUGGAGAAUGUUCCAGCAGGGUUUCCAGCCACCAGCAUGGUGUGGCAGGGUAUUUCUGACUUCAGCGCAGGGGCCAUCGGUGGAACAGCGUGUGUUUUUGCGGGCCAACCGUUGGAUACGGUCAAGGUGAAACUGCAGACAUUCCCUACGAUGUACCGCGGUGCUUUUCACUGCCUGACACAGACUGUUCGAGAGGAGAGACUACAAGGCCUGUACUCUGGAACAGUACCGGCACUCGCCGCCAACAUUGCGGAAAAUGCCAUAUUGUUCACGUUCUAUGGACUUUGUCAAAAAGUGGUGCAGUAUGCCAGUGGUGUGGACAAUGUCAACAACCUCAGCUCUCUACAGAGUGCUACAGCAGGAUCUAUGGCAGCGUUUUUCUCCUCUAUUGGACUUUGCCCGACAGAGCUGGUCAAGUGUCGUCUGCAGGCAAUCAAGGAGAUGGCAGCGGAGGGGAAGGUGGCAACAGCAAACAUUGGACCAUGGGGAAUGACCAAACAGAUCGUACGACAGGAGGGGUUCCGAGGCCUGUUCCAGGGCAUGACCAGCACCUGGGCACGAGAGAUGCCCGGAUACUUCUUCUUCUUUGGGGGCUAUGAGCUGAGCAGAAGUCUGCUGACCCCUGCUGGCAAGACUAAGGAUGAUCUUGGACCAAUGCGGCUGAUUGUGUGUGGAGGGAUAGCGGGGUCUUGUCUGUGGGGUUCCAUAUACCCCAUAGACGUGGUGAAGUCUCGUAUCCAGGUGUACUCACUGGCCGGCAGACAGGCUGGGUUCAUCGCUGUCUUCUUACAGAUCCUCAGGAACGAAGGUGUGCGUGCCCUGUUCAGUGGGAUAGGACCGUGUCUCAUACGGACGUUCCCUGCCAACGGUGCUCUCUUCAUUGCCUACGAGUACUCCAGGAAGAACCUGUUACAGUUUGGAGAAAGCCUUGGAUUGUAGAACUGUGGAAACAAUGUUACUACUCUUUCACUUGUCAAUCAACACUAAGAUUUUUAUGGGCAUUUUUGUAUGAUAUUUUUUUAAAUGGAUGAACUUUUCAUUGAGGUAUAUAUUUAUAAGUAACCAGCCAUGUGUUUUUGGUGCACUGGUACAACUAACUUGAACGUGCGUAUGAACACAAAAAAUUGCUCAAAAUUGGGUGUACAACAUAACAUGGUAUAGUACAUUUAGCACAUUUACAUAAGGCCAUGUUGAUUUGAUUAUAUGGAUGACAUCCUCUGGGAACCCCAUAACUGAUGCGCGCGUGCGAAUAAAAAAAAA